CCGGCAGCGGCGCAGAGCGAGUCAGCGCGGCACGGCGCGGCGCAGCGAGCUCGACAUUCCACGGGACCCGCGGAGCCGCGUCGGGAUCGCCGCUGGGCUCUCGCCCUCGAGCCUUCCUCGGUCGCCGCCGCCUUCGUCUUGUCCCUCGUGGCCGCCCGCGGGCCGGCGUGAUCCCGCUGGGGCUCUCCGUGCUCCCCGGGCCGCGCGCCAUGGGCAGCCCCCGCUCCGCGCUGAGCUGCCUGCUGUUGCACUUGCUGGUUCUCUGCCUGCAAGCCCAGGAAGGCCUGAGGAGGGGGGGCCCUGUGCUGGGCAGGGAGCUUGCUUCCCUGUCUCUAGCUGGCAGGGUGUCUGUUGUUUCCCAACAGGUAACUGUUCAGUCCUCACCUAAUUUUACACAGCAUGUGAGGGAGCAGAGCCUGGUGACCGAUCAGCUCAGCCGCCGCCUCAUCCGGACCUAUCAGCUCUACAGCCGCACCAGCGGGAAGCACGUGCAGGUCCUGGCCAACAAGCGCAUCAAUGCCAUGGCAGAAGACGGGGACCCCUUUGCAAAACUCAUUGUGGAGACAGAUACCUUUGGGAGCCGGGUUCGAGUCCGUGGAGCUGAGACAGGUCUCUACAUUUGCAUGAACAAGAAGGGGAAGCUAAUUGCUAAGAGCAACGGUAAGGGCAAGGAUUGCGUCUUCACGGAGAUCGUGCUGGAGAACAACUACACGGCCCUGCAGAACGCCAAGUACGAGGGCUGGUACAUGGCCUUCACCCGCAAGGGCCGGCCCCGCAAGGGCUCAAAGACGCGGCAGCACCAGCGCGAGGUGCACUUCAUGAAGCGGCUGCCGCGCGGCCACCACACCACCGAGCAGAGCCUGCGGUUCGAGUUCCUCAACUACCCGCCCUUCACGCGCAGCUUGCGCGGCAGCCAGAGGACUUGGGCCCCGGAGCCCCGAUAGGCGCCCGCCGGCCCCUCCCCGCAGCCGCUCGUCCUGUGGGAGCUGGAGAGCAACUCAAGCGGAUGAGGUCUGCGCUGUUGAAGGCUGGGCGCGGCUG